CAACGGUUGGAUUGAAGUGAUUGGAGGAUAGUGAUUACGUCACGAUCUCCCAUUGGCUGUCUGAGACGACAGUCACAUCGAUUGGCAGCACCUGACAAGUCUUUCUCCCGCAUGGUGGCGACAGAAACUCAAGCAGAUGUCACUGAUGUGGAGUGUGAAGGUUGUUGGCCUGGGAGUGGUGGCCCUCUCUCUCAGUCUGGAGCUGCUUGGCUGGGUCUUUGGUCGCUGUAGGCGCAGAAGAACCGUCAACAGGGUCCUCUUCUUCCCCUCAAAGGUGGCUUGUGUGGAGCACUUGUUUAGCCAAAAUUCAGCUUGCUCAUGUUUCUGUCCACUGCCACACGGAGAAGAGACGUCUUUUUCUUGUCUCCUCCGUCACAUCCUCUCUGCCUCCUCCUCACUGGACCUGUGUGUUUUUUCUUUUUCCAACAUGGAUCUGAGUAGAGCUGUGCUCCUGUUACAUAGCAAGGGCGUAACUAUCCGAGUCCUUAGUGACAAGCACUAUUCUGCCAUCACAGGCUCACAAAUAGGAGUUCUUCGCAAGGCUGGCGUCUGCGUGCGAUGUGAUGCUGGCUCUGUGUACAUGCACCACAAGUUUGCAGUGGUGGAUGGCCGCCAGCUUAUCACCGGCUCCCUCAACUGGACGUUGACAGCAGUGCAGAGCAACAUGGAGAACAUCAUCAUCACAGAGGAGGCGGAGUUGGUUCAACCCUUCAUCAAGGAGUUCAACCAGAUAUGGGCGCUUAAUGAUCCAGCCCAAUUGUAUAAGAGCUAUUAAGUGAUUAGCCAUGAUGGUCACUGACAGAUGGAGAUGUGUGAACAAAAUUUGUUUAUUCAGCUUGCCAUUUUAACUGAGUCAAGUUAAAAUGAUUCUGAGAUAUUCUGAAGGGAAUUAGACUUGUGUAAUAAUUCAGUUGACAUUUAAUUUACAGUUUGUUGUAGACUGUUUUAGUAUUUCUUUUUUGUUGCUAAAAAACAAUUCAGUUUAGGUAUUAACCAAUGCACUAGUUUACAGAUGGUGACCCAGUAGUCUAAAAUAGUGUGUUCACCAAUAAACAGAAUCCCUAUUGUUUCAAUAUAGUUAAAUAUAUGCUGUUGAUUUAACUAAAACAUUUUUAUACUUGUUCUAUACCAUGUCACACGCUUAAUUUUUUUCUUAGCUCUUAAUCUAAGAGCUGAGGUUUUUUUGCUGUAUAUUUAAUACAACUGUGGAUAUAAGUUCAUGUAAAUCUUCAUAUGUUCAGCACUGAGUUGCAGUGGCUGUAAAAAAGAUUAUUGUGUUUUGACUGGUGGCUCGGUGUAGCAGUCUUGCAUCAUUUUUCUACCAGGUGCAGUUUGGGGGUUUUUUUGCUGUCGCUGUAACAUGUUUUAUGUUGUUCCAAAUUGUUUGUGUGCAUCAUUGCUUAUGGAAUUUUGAUGUGUAGAGGGGAUCUUGUUUAAAUAUGAAACAUUUGACUUUACCUGACUCUGCUUGUCCAACACUUUAAAGAAAAAAAUGAA